ACGCAUUCCCUCCCAUCUCUCUCUUCCCUCUUAUCUGCAAAUCCCAAAAAAUUCCAAAAGACAGAAAGGCCCCCGAAAGAAGAAGGAAAAAGACCAUCUUACCCUUUCCCCUCCAUCAAUGGCUGCAAUCUCGUCUCACUCCCUCCCCUCCAUAUCUUCCCACCUCUACCCCUCACAACCCCAGAAAUUUCGAAAAACCCUACCACCCAUCUUCAUCUCCACUAACCCAUCCCACCUCAACCUCCAUCAGCUGGCCCACCUCUUCGCCUCCACUAAUUUCUCCUGCCACAGAUUCCCGAAUCCCGACGCACAGACGGGCCGCGUCGAGCCCGUCGAUCCCGGCAAGCUCCGGACGGCCGUCGACCACAGCUCGGUAGUUGUCUCGGUGUUCUGCCGGGAGGAGUUCUGCGAGGGAGGCGGUGGGAAGGAGGACUUGGGAUUUGGAGGGUUGUUGAUGGAGCGGGCCGUUCCGGUGUCGGAGAAGAAUGGACGGUUGGUGGGAUUCGGAAGGGCAGUCUCUGAUGGCGGAUUGACGGCAGCGAUCUAUGAUGUCGUGGUUAUUCCUUCACUGCAGAGAUUGGGAAUUGGCCGCAGGAUAGUUAAAAGAAUCAUAAGGGUUCUUACCAGUAGAGGCAUAUAUGACAUAGCAGCCCUCUGCUCUGAAGAAGAGAGGUUGUUUUUUGAAGCAUGUGGAUUUGGAGAGGACGCUCUGGGGUCCACCACAAUGAUGUAUACCCGGUCUGCAUCAAACUAUGCAGAAGGCAAUCCUUCAGUUAGACGCGUUGGCCGGAUGCUGCUGUUAGUCCCACCACUGCGAAAGUCCUCAUCAGAGAAUGCAGCCAGCGGCUAGAACAAUCUGCAUCUCUUCCAUCUGUUCAUAUCCAACUAAAAGAAUCCACAUCCGACCUCCACACAACCACACACGACUAAUCUAUUGGAGAAGCUUCCGUCGAGCUUUUACAAAAGUUCCUCUCAAAUGGGAUUUUGAUAGGAGAAUUGCUGAUAGACAAACAUCACUUGUUUCAGCCCUCCGCAGCAUCUAUGCAGCGAUUGAGGUUUUGGGAACUUGGGCAGUUGCAUCUCUUAUAUAUCGGAUGAUUCUCUCCUUUGCGAUGGGAAUUUCAGGUAUUGAUGGAGAUAUUUCGGUUUUUACUUACCAUGAGCUUAACAUCAUCUGAAAAUAAGAGAAGGGAAUGAGAGAAGAAUCUCUCAAUGGCUUUGUCUGUGAAUUUGGAUGUUUUGAGCUCUCCCUUGAUAAUAUCUGUACAGAGCUGUUAUAACCUUGUGACUUUUUUUAAAAUUUGUUUU